UAUACUCAUCAGCACAUGCGCUUACACUGCGAGAGGACCGGUGUAUCAUGGCGACAUACGUGGAUAUUCUGAAAAGCGAGUUUCCCGAAAUUGACACCGAAGUCUUCGAUUAUAUCACAGGUGUGUUGGACUGUGGCGGAGCGGAUUUUGAGGAUGGGGACGAGGUGUUUGAAGCUGUUGGUGGGGUCCUGCAAGAGGUGUCUGCUGACUGUAAGAACGAGGAGGAGAUUCGAGACAUCUGCCUGCAGAUGUUCAACACACUGAAACUUAAUAAUUGCCACCCUGUGCAGAAGCAGGUGUUGCUGGAUGCUCCAGUGCAGCUUUCCCAGAUCUCAGCUGACUGUGACACUGCCUGUAACGAUGUUCAGGGGAUCUGGAUGGUCAAACGUGGCCAGAACACGACUGUGGAUGCCAAGAAGCUGGAGAAGGCCGAGGCCAAACUGAAGGCCAAACAUGAAAAAAGGACUGAGAAAGACUCUCAGAAACCCUCCAGUCCGCUGGUCCUAGAGGAAGCGUCGGCCAGUCAGGCCAGCAGUAAAAAGGACAACCGUGUAGACUCCUCUGGGAAGAACCGCAGCUAUGACAUCCGCAUCGAGAACUUUGACGUUUCUUUUGGGGAACGGUCUCUGCUGCAGGGGGCGGAGCUGUCCUUGGCGAGCGGGCGGCGCUACGGCCUGAUUGGCCGGAACGGCCUGGGGAAGACCACGCUGCUGAAGAUGCUGGCGAGCCGCAGCCUGCGGGUGCCGGCCCACAUCUCCAUCCUGCACGUGGAGCAGGAGGUGGCGGGCGACGACACGGCCGCCCUGCAGAGCGUGCUGGAGAGCGACACGCUCCGCGAGGGCCUGCUGACCGAGGAGCGGCAGCUCAACGCUCGCAUCGCCAGCGGAACAGCGGAUGGAUUGGAGACGGUGCGGCUGUCAGAGAUUUAUGCCAAACUGGAGGAAAUAGAGGCGGACAAGGCACCCGCCAGAGCCUCAGUCAUUCUGGCGGGUUUGGGCUUUUCUCCAAAAAUGCAACAGCAAACAACCAAGGAGUUCUCAGGAGGCUGGAGGAUGAGGUUAGCACUGGCCAGAGCCCUCUUUGCCAAGCCUGACCUUUUGCUACUUGAUGAGCCCACCAACAUGUUGGAUGUCAGAGCUAUCCUGUGGUUAGAGAACUACCUCCAGACAUGGCAGUCAACCAUCCUGGUGGUCUCCCACGACCGGAAUUUCCUCAAUGCUGUAGUAACAGACAUCAUCCACCUACACUCGCAGCGCCUGGAGAGUUACCGUGGCGACUACGAGAACUUUGUCAAGACCAAGGAGGACCGUCUGAAGAACCAGCAGAGGGAGUAUGAAGCACAGCUUCAGUACAGAGAACACAUCCAGGUGUUCAUCGACAGGUUCCGGUACAAUGCUAACAGGGCAGCGCAGGUGCAGAGCAAGCUCAAACUGCUGGAGAAACUCCCUGAACUCAAACCCAUUGAGAAGGAGACUGAAGUCGUGUUACGGUUUCCAGAUAACUUUGAGAAGCUGUCUCCCCCGGUGCUCCAGCUGGACGAGGUGGAGUUUUACUACAACCCCAGCCAGAGGCUGUUCACUGGGCUGUGCGUGUCUGCUGACCUGGAGUCCAGAAUCUGCAUUGUCGGGGAGAACGGGGCAGGGAAGUCCACCAUGCUGAAGCUGCUGAUGGGGGAGCUGACGCCUGUCAGUGGAAUUCGACAAGCCCACAGGAACCUGAAGAUUGGCUACUUCAGCCAGCACCAUGUGGACCAGCUGGAUCUCAACGUGUGCUCAGUGGAGCUGCUGCUCAACAAGUUCCCAGGCCGGCCGGAGGAGGAGUACAGGCACCAGCUGGGGGGGUACGGGAUUACGGGGGAGCUGGCCACCAGGCCCGUGGCCAGUCUGUCGGGGGGCCAGAAGAGCCGCGUGGCCUUCGCUCAGAUGACCAUGGCUUGCCCAAACUUCUACGUCCUUGAUGAGCCAACUAACCAUCUGGACAUGGAGACCAUUGAGGCCCUGGCCAAAGCGCUCAACAAGUUCAAGGGUGGGGUGGUUCUGGUCUCUCAUGACGAGCGGCUGAUCCGGUUGGUGUGUAAAGAGCUGUGGGUGUGCGAGGGGGGGAAGGUGAGGCGUGUGGAGGGGGGCUUCGACGAGUACCGGGACGUCCUGCAGGAGCAGUUCCGCAAGGAGGGCUACCUGUGAGGAAGUACGCCAGCCACGCCCCAUCGUCAGACCGCGUCGAAUGUCUCCAUAUACAUGCCAAAACUGCCAGUUUCGCCACAGCCACCAAUCAACUGACUCCCAGCCACGUGUGGCCGUAGACUGACCAACACUACCGACCGCCCUGUUCCGUCCCAGCAGCGACGGCCUGGUCCUCAUGCACACUGAACCCGAGUUUACACAGCCCUAAACCCCGCCCACAUCCCCAGCUGUCUGUCUAAGGGCUCUCCGCCGCCCCCUCCACAUUGCCAUCUUUCAGCUUGCCAUGGUUCAGUCCGAACUCUUGAGGCUAGGACCAUGGCUGGGGCGAAGUACGAGUUCCUUUGAUCCAUCGUUUGACAGUCUCACCCAGAUGUCCAUGGCAACCAGCAGAGACCCACCCCAACUCAUUGGCAGACUGAGUGUUUACUGAUGAUAUUUAUUUCUGAGUUUUAUCCAUGUAGUUAACCCGUCCGUGAUGGGAUGGCUGGGCAGGACUAUCACCUAUGAAGUUUAGCUGCGUUUAUUGCAUCCUGCUAUUGACUAUGUGUUAAAGAGCAGGAGGAGUUGGUUCGGUAUGAGCAAAUUCGCGUUUGUUUCAGCAGGUGAUAGCCCUACUCACACCAAUGUGUGGACAAAACAAUCCACCUUACCAUGGUGGAGCAGGAUAUAAAUAUAUAAAUACUUAUUUAAAAAUGAUCAUAAGUCAGUUUUCUCAUGUUUAAUGGUGUACUUAACUUAUAAAUAGCGGUUAUAAAUAUUCAUAACAACAUGCUGAUAAAAUAACACUGAACGUUCA